AGUGGGUAGGGGAGGAGGGAGAGAGCAGCCCUUCGACGUGGACGAUCAUUUCCGUAAAGCGACGAUGAAGAAUUAGCGGCGUGUUACUCACUCCUAGCCGUCCCGCUUUACUCUUAAAUCGAGACGGGAUUUGGCCGUGAGUCCCCGGUCGGCUUUUGGGUUGACGGUAGUCUCACACCGACUGAUCCUUUUGCUGCUCCCCACUCCCUCCCCGCCUCUUCCAUCCGCACAGUUCAUCAUGAUAAAAGCUAUUUUAAUAUUCAACAACCACGGCAAGCCGAGGAUGUCUAAAUUCUACGAACAUUAUAGUGAAGACACAGAGCAACAUAUCAUUAGGGAAACCUUCCACUUGGUGUCCAAAAGAGAUGAGAAUGUCUGCAAUUUUCUAGAAGGUGGAAUGUUGAUCGGGGGUUCAGACUACAAGCUGAUCUACAGACACUACGCUACGUUGUACUUUGUGUUUUGUGUAGACUCCUCAGAGAGUGAACUAGGAAUUUUAGACUUAAUCCAGGUAUUUGUGGAAACGCUGGACAAAUGCUUUGAGAAUGUCUGCGAACUUGAUCUGAUUUUCCAUGUAGACAAGGUUCACAAUAUUCUGGCGGAGAUGGUGAUGGGUGGAAUGGUGCUGGAGACCAACAUGAAUGAAAUCAUCACACAGGUGGACGCCCAGAACAAGAUGGAGAAGUCUGAGGCUGGUAUUGCAGGAGCACCCGCUCGUGCCGUAUCAGCUGUAAAGAACAUGAACCUCCCAGAAAUGCCCAGAAACAUCAACAUUGGCGACAUCAGCAUAAAAGUGCCAAAUCUGUCGUCCUUCAAAUAGCGGCAUGGAACUCUGCUUGUCCGAUGUCAGCCAAGUGUUUAACGUGAUGCAAUCUGUUUACCAAAACCUCUACUAACUCCUUUUGUUUGUUCAAAUGAUGAAAGUUAAACUUCUCUGAUUUUUUUUUCUUCCUGAUUUAAAGAAAAAACGUUUUAUUAUGUGUUCUGUUUGAAAAACAAUGAAGUAUUUAUUUGUUUACGGUACAUUCCUCUCCUCUCCUCAUGAUGUACAGCUGCUACUGUUCACAUCCUUCUCGGUCCUUUUUUCACCAACUCAAGUGUUCACUUAAUUUCAAAUAAGUCAAGUUGGCGUAUUGCGAGAAAGACCAGCAUAAUCACCAAUGACUUGCGGGAAGGCCAACAAAUGGGACCAGUUGGAAUAAACAGUAUUGAAAAUGUCAUACUUUAUAGCGUGUGUGUAUAAAACCAAAUAAAGCAUUGAAAAAUAA